CUAAUAUUACAUAAUUAGUUAUAGUUCUCAUAACUAUCAAGCAUUUCAAAAUUAUCAUCGUAUCAGCGGCGCAAAGGCCCACUCAUAAAAUAUAUAUCACUGUCGCCCGCUUCCCAAUCCCAUCGCCAUGGCAAUGAACAGCCUCUUCUGGCACUUCUGCGAAUGGUUCUAUGGGUAUCCCGAACCCCCUCCGCGUGUUCGAACGAAGCCCAUGCAAGUACUAUGCGUAGCGGAACUGAAUCAUUGCAACAUGCCUUGUUGAAGCUCGGAUACGAUCAUACAUACCAUAUGCGCCUCUCUCUCUAACCUCCUUUCCAAAAGUGAAGAGGCAAAAUCACAUCUGCAGAACGGCCUCCAUGUGGCGGCUUCACUGUCCACAACUCGAUGUCCCCCGAAAAAUACUAAUGCUACAUAAAUGGGGUGGCACAUGUUUUUCGCGGCCCCACUGAUUUUGAUAGGGUUGGGACAUCAUUUUCGAAGACCCCUUACUAUUAUACACCCAAGGCUGGGUCCGUCUCGCCCGCAAAAAGUUGUUCGACGCACUGCUCGGUCACAGCGUGGCUGUCGCAGACUCGGCAGCAUCAUGUUUCGCCCCAGAGCUGAUCGCCGCCUAUGCCGAGGCCAAAAAGUCAUUCUUAACGUCCGGCGCGAUAUGGACAAAUGGCAUGCAAGCGCGAUGAAGCAUCUCUGUGAGGAGGGAAACGAAAAGUGGGCUUUGUGGCUGUUGCUUGUCCCCCCCGAGCGCGGUUGUUGGAGUGGAAAGGUUGAAGAUGGCUGGGAGCCGGUGUGCAAGUUCUUGGGAAAGGAGGUUCCGCAUGGUCAGCCGUUUCCCAGAGCUAAUGACGCUGCUGGGUUGGUUUCAGGGGAGGGUUGAGUAUGCGCUCCGAAAACAUGGAGUGAUAGCUCUUCGAAAUAUGGUUCUUACCUUUGCUUGCUUGGUGGCUGUUCUUGCGUUUGUGUGGAAGCUGGUCAGAUAGAUUUAUUUAUCCCAAUGGCACUGGCAAUAACCAACUAUGCCAGCUUUCUGUUGGCGGAAUCCAGAAGAAUAUGCUUCAACACUGACAGUGUUACUAGUCAUAAAUUGGUAAUAUUAUUUAUCAGGGCCCAUUAUUACUAUUUUCCAUCCACCAGAAAUGACGCCCCAUAAUUACCCUCCCCAUACAUGUUGGACUUGGGCCGCAUGUAAGAUAUUAUAAUUGGCAAUUGAUGCCACCGGAGAACCGCGUCACAGUUUCGGGCGAGGUAGAAGCGAAAACAAAUGCGAAAAGAGCGCAUGGCUCACUCCCCGUCAUGAGGUGAGGGGAGUAGAAAUAAAAUUAUAAACAUGAUAUCAAUAAAAAAAAGUUGUCAUUUCCAUCAGCUAAUACCCAUGGGUCAUGUGCUUGGUUUGACGCAUUGCUCG